AUGUCACACAGGGAGGAGGAGGCCCCCAGAGGGAGGGAGCCAGCAUGCCUGCUGUGUCAGCAAUCAGAGGCUGACCUGGACAUCUGUGGGGAAAAACUCUUCAUACAUGGGCUCUGUGCCCACGAGUUCUGCCUGUUUUUUGCCACCAACUUUCCUGACCGCCCGGUUCAUCGAGGAGGACUCUGGUGUCUUCCCUCAUGGGAGAUCCGAGCUGUAGUCUCCCUGGCGGCUCAGCAGAGCUGCUGCAUCUGUGGCCAGAGAGGGGCCACCAUUUCCUGCUGUAGAAGAAACUGUGACCUGAGCUUCCACCUGCCCUGUGCCAAGCAGGGAGGCUGUGUCACCCAGUUCUGCAGACCAUUCAGGGCCUUCUGCCCCACACACAGCCCAGAGCAGGCAGUGGAGGCGACACCAGAGCCAGGCACCCAAUGCCUCAUCUGCAUGGAGCCUGUGGAGGACAGAAAGACCUUCAACACCCUGGUGUGCCCAGCCUGCAAAACCGCCUGGUUCCACAGGGACUGCAUCCAAGGACAGGCUCUGCAUGCUGGUCGUUUCUCCUUCCAGUGCCCCCUCUGCAGAAAUGAUGAGGCAUUUAUAAGAGAUAUGUUCACCAUGGGGAUCCAAAUCCCCUUGAGACCACCAUCAUGGGAGGGCUUUAAUGCAUUCAAUGAGAUGGGAGACAGACACAGGCGCUGCGAUGCCAGCUCCCGAGAUGAGUCAGAGCUUGCUGGUGUCAGCGUGGCCAGACAGUCAGGAUUGGAGCCUUCUGAUGGCUCCAGGGAACCCGAGACCGUCAGCCCCAACACAGGCAGCCUGGUGCUAUCAGGGCUGUCUCCCAGUUCUGCACCACUGGAGACCAUCAGCCCCAGCCCCAGCGUCCAGGUGCCAUCCCCUGGAUCUUCAGCAGCACAGACCAGCAACCACCGUACCAACCCCCAGGCAACAUCGGAGCAGUCUCUGCAAUCUCCCUCACAGGAGACGAGCAGCUCCAGCCCUGACAGUCAGGCAACAUCAGGGUCAUCCCAGAGCAGCUUCCCAGCAACUGAGGACAGCAGCUGCUCCAGGAGUCAGGGGCCUGACCGCCGGCAAAACCACCCCCGUCGGCAACGUCGGGCCCAAAAUCCACACCUUCGGUCCAGAAGUCCCCUGGACAGGACUCAUGUGCCAGCACCAAGUCCUGGGAGGCGCAGGCCCUGGCAGAGACCAUCAGGGACAUCCCGCAGGCGAAACCGCUCCCGCCUGCAACGUCCGACCCCAAAUCCAUCCAGCCGGUCCAGAAGCCGCCGUGACAGGAGCCACGUGAGAGCACCCAGUGCUGGGAGGAGCAGCCGCAGCCAUGAAACAUCAAGAACAUCCCACACCCAAAAUCGCUCCCGCCAACAACAUCAGGCCCCAGAUCCAUCCCGCCGGUCCAGAAGUCACCCUGACAGAAACUGUGUGAGAGCACCAAGUGCUGGGAGCCGCAUCCCCAGCCAGGAAGCAUCAGGGACAUCCCGCAGGCGAAACCGCUCCCGCCUGCAACGUCCCACCCCAAAUCCAUCCGGCCGGUCCAGAAGUCCCCAUGGCAGGAACUGCACACCAGCACCAAGUACUGGGAGGCGAAACCCAAGGGAGACAGCUGCCAGGACUUCCCAAAGGCAACACCACUCCCGCCAGCAGCGUCGGACACCGAACUCAUCCAGCAGAUCCAGAAGUCGCCACGACAGGAGCCGUGUUAGAGCACCAGGUGCUGCCAGGCGCACUCACCGGUGGGACGGUGAGACAGGGACCCACCGCUGACACGUCCCAUGUCACACAGGGAGGAGCAGGCCCCCAAAGGGAGAGAGCCAGCAUGCCUGCUGUGUCAGCGAUCAGAGGCUGACCUGGACAUCUGUGGGGAGAAAAACUUCAGAUAAAUGGGCUCUGUGUCCACGAGUUCUGCCUGGUGAGUUGCUCCGUGGGCUCCCUCCAUUUUUUGACAGGCAGUCCCUGCCACUCUCUCCUCAUCAGUG